AUGACGCGAGAUUAUAUUCAGCCUACGCCAGUGUCAACAACUACUGAAACAUUCAACAAUCGUUUGCAUAUUAGAGGGACAUUACCUGUUCAUUACGGCUCAUUACCGCCUUGUUUAAAUCAAAAGUUAAUUAUUGGUAUUGGUGGUGCUGAAAUCGGUGAUAUUAACACGGUGAUAUCAUACGACUGGCAUAAAAUGAGUAGUAUUGGACGGGUCCGAAGCCGACGACCAUCGUUGGUCGAAUGGACGCAACAUAUGGUUAAUUUAUUUUUUGAAGUUUAA